AGAGCUUGCCGAUAAUUCAUCCAUCUCCCUCGUAAAUUCUGGACGUAGGCCGAUUGACAACAAAAAGCUCUAUCUUACGGAGCAUUGUUUUCAUAGAUGUUUCGUUGUAAAUAAGUGUUGUGAACGGAGAGCCUGUAUUUGUGACUAACACGGUGGAGGAUAAAAUAUGAAGAGGCGAAAUGCCGAAUCAGGCAAGCGGCGCCCCAUAAAGCGCAACAAAAUCGGCGAAGGAAUGUAUGCAAAUUCUCUAUUGUACCUGAAAUUUGUGAUGCUGUGGGCUACAGUCAUUAUGGCAGACUAUAUGCUUGAGUUCAGAUUUGAGUUUCUCUGGCCAUUCUGGAUGAUGCUGAAAUCUGUUUAUGAUUCAUUUAAAUAUCACGGAGUGGCGUUCUCUGUGUUUUUCAUAUGUAUAGCCUUGAUGUCCGACUUGAUAUGUUUCUUCUUUAUACCACUACAGUACAUAUUCUUCGCCGCCAGUACCUAUGUGUGGGUACAAUAUGUGUGGUACACAUUCGGCGACAAGGGCAUCUGCCUGCCGACGGUGGCGCUGUGCUGCCUCGUGGUGUACGCGGAGGGCGCCGUGCGCGCGCGCGCCGGCUCGCUGGAGCUGUGGCGCCCGCUGGCCGCGCACUGCCUGGGCUACCCCGCGCUGUCGCUGGGCUUCGGCGUCAAGGCAUAUGUUGGGCAGCGGCUAAGAUUAAGAAGACAGCGGCAAGUGCGUGCCGAGAAUGAGUUUUACUUCCAGCUCCUACGGGACGCCUUGCCAGAGAGUGCGAUCAUAGAACAGAAUAUGCAGAGUAGUAAAGAAACGGAGUGUAAAAGCGGCGAGUUCACCCAAACGCAAGCACAGACACAAGCGCAGACACAGAGCGACGCGCGGCACAUGAACGGCUCCGUGCGGCGCCGCUGUGCGCGCGACCACAACGGCGUGUGUGUGGCCGACCACGCCUUACACGUUAAGCUAGAGAAGUUAGAGAAGCAUGUAGCGCAGCAGGCACGAGACAAGGCGACGGCCACCGCGCAAGCGAAUACACAAGCGAGCACGCAGGCGAGUACGCCGGCGAGCACGCAGGCCAGCACGCAAGCGAGUACGCAGGCGAGCGGGCAGGCGGCCGCGCAGCCGGGCUCGCAGGCCAGCACGCAGACGAGUACGCACCUGCUCAGCAAUGGCUCGGCCAGCGGGCCCGGCGCGCCCGACGACGACGAGCGGCACGACCUGAGCAAAGGAAGUGUUAAAUCCACGAAAUUAGAAAAGAAAGAGGCUAGUUCAGUAAGAGAAGAGAAGAAGAGACAUAAGAAUAGAGAAAAGGAUAAAGAUAGCAGUGAUAGUCAUAAGAGUACAGAAACAAAAGAAAUAUUAGUUAAAGAAAAAGAAGUAGAAAGUACAAAAGAAUAUGUAAAGAGUAAUAAAGAUAGUAAUAGUCAUAAAGAGAGAGAGAAAGAAAAAGAGAGGAGAGAAGAAAGGGAGAGGGAAAAUAGGGAGCGGGACAGAGAACGCGAACUGAGGGAGAAGGAAUCGCGUUCGUGUCGCGAGCUGGGGGAGGAGCUGCGGCGCGCGCGAGCGGAGCUGGCGGCGGCGCGGGCGGCCGAGGCCGAGCUGCGGCGCCGCGCGCUGCUGCAGCACAGCGAGCGCUCGGCGAUGGAGCGCCGCCUGAGCGAGGAGAGGCGCGCGCGCGCCGCGGCCGAGCACCAGCUGCUGCGCGCGCGACACACGCCGCGACCCCCCACCGCCGAGUGCGAGAGCGAGUGGUGUCGCUCGCGCCGCACUGCGCAGGAGGCGGAGACGGGCGCGCUGCGACGCGAGCUGCAGAAGACGCGCGAGCGGGCCGCGCAGCUGCAGCGCGACCUGGCCUGCGCCUCGGACCAGGUGCGGACGCUGGAGACGCGCGCGUCGCGCGAGGAGAGCGGCGGCGGCGCGCGGCUGGCGGGCGCGUGCGCGGCGCUGCAGGAGCGCGCCGCGCACCUGGAGCGCUCGCUGUCCGCCGAGACGCGCGUCAAGCUGGACCUGCUGUCCGCGCUGGGGGACGCCAAGCGCCACAUGCACAUACAGGAGGGUUUAAUAUCGAGACAAGAGAAAGAGAUAGAGGAACUGAAAGCUCAAAUGCUGGCCGUGAUGCCGACGGAGUUCGUGACGCCGGUGAGCGGCAGCGUGUCCAAACUGCGGUUGUCCGACGGCUCACCGCUCGACCCCAACGCAUCCGUCUACACGCCCAAGCAGCUGUGCUCCGACGCCUGAGCCGGAGGCCCUGAGCGCUCAGCCCGAAGAGCUCGGCACUGAGCGCUCGGGCCCGGGCCCUCCGCCCCAGCGACCCGCCUUCCGACCGUACCGAUCUUUGUAUGGCCGUUGUUGAUCUCAAUAUUUUUUUUUCGUUUUUUAAUCGAACUCGGCGUUAAGUAUUCCUCGUUUGUUACUUAAAUAAAACUGUCCAUACAAAUAUCAUUAUGGCCAUCGGAUACGAUACGAGUGUUAGUUUUGUAACCGUCUAAGUGAAAUCAGAGCGUUUAUUUUUUCAUCAUUGAAAUAUUUGGAUUAUCUUCUGUACCUUGAUGUGGCUAGGGUUGAUAAAAUUAUUCAAAUUACAUUCAUUUCAAUAUUAAGUACAAUACACGCAUAAUAAUAGCGCUCGCCAUUUGACUUCGAUAUUUGUUACUGUUAUCAAAUGACAAAGAGAUCGUUUUAAAGGAUACUGAGUAUUAACUGAGUUUAUGGUUAGACUUAUUUUUAGUCUACGUGUUCAUCACAAUUUUUUUUUUAUUGAAAUUGUAAUUCGAUUAAUGUUGCGAUAAUUUUAUCAAUCAAGGAUAGUUCUUCCACGCAUGUAGCUGCUGCAGACGGCGUUGUUUUGAAUUUAUGUGAUAUAUUGUACAAAAAUGAGAUUCGGUUGUCUUCUCCUUGUAUAAAUUUAGUAUAUUGACGUUUUAGUCCAAUUGUCGUGUUGUGCGUAGCAUCCCGGUUUUAAAUAUAACAUCUUCAUAUUGCAACCCUAAAUUAUCUUUAUUCAGUGUUGCUAUGUAAUAAAUGUAAAGGUUUGUUUGAUUAGUGUUGUGACACAAGACCGGAUAACUUGAAAACGAGAGGAAAUGAAUCUGUCAAAUAUUAUAAUAAAAUAAAAUCUAUUUUUGUAUUUGUGUUAUAUUAUCUGUUUAAAUUAUAAAACAAUCGAGCUUAGUCACAUAGGAAAAUUUAGGGAUGCUACGCUGAUUUUUCUUGUUGAAUAUAAAAUUAUUAAAAAAAAAUGGCGGACACGCAACUUGAUUGUUGUAAAAACCAUGACAUGAUUGUUUGUUAAGAUUUUGAGUGAAUUCUAAAAGGCAGUAGAAUGUUCUGAACAAUAUGCGUGCGACUUUAGUCUAUUUCCACAAUCUAUGCGAAAAAAUAAACAAAACAUUUAAUAUAAAUGUCAACUGUCAAAUAAUCUACUACUGUUUGAUGACUUACAAUGUUACGUUCAAUUAAAGUUGCACGCAUUUUAUAAAAGAAAAAGAGAAUGGACAAGAAAAGUGGAAUUAUUUACGGAUUCUUGUAAAAUUCGUCAUUGUCACACUACCAGUGUACUUCUUACGUGCCGGGUGUGAGUAUAGUUUGCGAGGGGGAGGAGAAUGGAGGUUACGCCAUUUUUAAUUCCAUAAUAUAUCUGCACUUUAUAAGAUUUUAACGAUAUUGUUUAUAUUUUAAAAGUACUUUCAAUUGAAAUAUAAAAUAAACUAGUUAUUUGCGCAACUGUUUUCCAACAAACAAGUCUGGUUUAUCUUUGAUAACAUAUAGGUAGUGUACGCACGCUCGUAUGGACUCUGGUUAUGGCUGAAGUUCUAAUUUUCAGUGACACUUAUUUUCAUUAAAUAAUGACAAGAAUUACAAGAAUCCGUAAAAUUAUUUAAGUUAAAACAUGUGUUCUUACGUAUAGUAUUAUUACGCCAGCUCAUUUAUCUGCCCAAAUUUUAAAUUGUACUUAUGGAAAUUAUUGUAAAAGUGGUUUCGAUGCCAGGAUUCAACUUUUUUGUCUUCGCGUCAAAUCUCGUAUCAACAAACGAAUUAAGGCGCAUUUUCAUAAUGGUCGAUAAGUCGGUAGUUAGCCCGAUUGCGGGGAGUACCCACAUGCGAGCUAACAACCAAUGAAAUCCACUGGUCGAUAACUCGGUCGAUUAAACGUGUGCGGGUGAUAUCCGCAUUCAUAUAUUGAUAUUUAUAUAUGCGUUAUAGAAAUCACCCGCACCCCGUAUGCGGGCUCUAACGACCAGUGAAAACGAUAAACUCUUGGCGGGCCCUAUGGCAUGCGUUACAGAAAUAUCCCGCACCCCGAAUGCGGGCCUUAUCGACCAAUGAGAUGCGCCCUUAUUAUUGCCAUCAUUAAAAAUAAACCAAAUUAUAUUGAUAUUAUAUAAAAAAAUAUUUGUUAAUGUUGAUACGUUACUUGAAGCUUUAAUUCUUGGUUAGUUUAACAUUAAAACAAAUGCUUCCUUUAUUCAGUAAUCCCUUUGCUUCCAUUUUUUAUAAAAACUAUUGCAUUUAUAUAGUACAAUGUUUUUUUUUUUAACUUUAAUACAGUACUGUCAAGCGAAACAUUAAUCUACGUAAGUAUUAAUAAGCGUAAAAAUUCAAGAAUGGAUACGACGAUUCAGUGUUGCCUAUUAACAAAAUAUAAGUUUAAUUUUUAAUAAUACUUUUGUUGUUGUAAAACGCUAUGUGAUUGGAAUAAUUUUAAGAAAAAGUGUGUAUGUAGAAUGUUUUGAAUAAGAACAUCUAUUCUUGCGUUUAAGGUGUCGACGUGAAUACCUUCGUCUGUUUUCAUGUCUUGUUAUCUGACGCUUUUGUCUACCGAACUGUUGGUUUAAGAACAAAUAAAAUAAGGGAAUCAGCGCACAUUGGAUAUAUCGGUCUGCAAAUGUAUUUUUCGAGAUUGUGACACUACUCUAGUCUUAAUUAAGCCGGCUUACACCGUGGCGUGUCUAUGUGCCAUAAGUGAUACAAAUGUGUACACCGGCUUUAACGUUAUUUAUACCCUAAGUUUUUUUUAAGUUUAGUUUUUUUUUAACAUAGAUGCGCACUGCCCUCGGUGUCAGAUUAUCGGUUUUUUUUUUAAUAGCAAAACGCCGAAUCUGUUGAACCUUAUGUACUUAAACUACAUUUUGAUGUGAUUUACCCGACAUUACCAAGUUUUUGAGAGCAGUACAGGCACCGUAUAUAACAUUCAUGAACUAUUUGACUUGGAUACGGAACAUGGAGCGGUAACAAUCGGUACAAGCAGGAUCUGAAUUUUCACUAGUGAAACGUAAGCGAUGUUUGUUUGUAUUAUAAACGGAUGCUGUAACAGCAAUAA